AUGGCCAACCACAAUGGUGUGAUUACUGAUGUGGAUCUGAGAAGUCAUGAAAACAACUUGGCUCACCGCACCAGGGAUAUUGAUAGGGAGCGCCUGAUUGUCCGCAGGGGUCAACCCUUCUCCAUAACUCUGCAGUGCUCCGAGUAUCUGCCCACCAAACACCACCUGGAACUGAUCCUGCACCUUGGUAAUAGAGACGAGGUGGUGAUCAAGGUUCAAAAGGAGCGUGGGGCCAGAGACAAGUGGUGGUUUAAGCAACAGGCAGCACAGGAUGAAAUUCUGCUGACUCUGCACAGUCCAGCAGACGCUAUCAUUGGCCAAUACCAUCUGGCUGUAUUGAUGAUGUCACCUGAAGGACGCACUUUGGAGAAGGCCGACAAAAUGAGUUUCCACCUACUCUUUAACCCGUGGUGCAAAGAUGAUGUAGUGUACCUCCCUGAUGAGAGUCUUCUCCAGGAAUAUGUCAUGAAUGAAGAUGGAGUCAUUUACAUGGGGACCUGGGAUUACAUCAACAGUAUUCCAUGGAAUUAUGGACAGUUUGAGGACUAUGUGAUGGACAUCUGUUUUGAAGUCCUGGACAACUCCAAGGAUGCCCUGAAAAACUCAGAGGUGGACAUUAAGCAGAGAUCUGACCCCAUCUAUGUCAGCAGGAUCAUCACUGCGAUGGUGAACUCUAACGGAGACAGGGGUGUGUUGACCGGUCGCUGGGACGACCUGUACUCUGGCGGAGUCGCACCAAACAGAUGGAACGGCAGCGUGCCGAUUCUCCAACAGUGGAGCAAGGCCGGGGCGAGGGCGGUCAAAUAUGGACAGUGCUGGGUGUUUGCUGCUGUCGCCUGCACAGUGCUGCGCUCUCUGGGAAUCCCAACACGCCUCAUCACCAACUUCUCUUCAGCCCAUGAUGUCGACGGAAACCUCUCUAUAGACUUCCUGCUGAAUGAAAGACUGGAGAGCUUUGAUGGAAGAAACAAGAGAGACAGUAGCUGGAACUUCCACUGUUGGGUCGAGUCCUGGAUGAGGAGAGAUGAUCUCCCCAAAGGAAAUGACGGCUGGCAGGUUUUGGACCCCACCCCUCAAGAAUUGAGUGAUGGUGAGUUUUGCUGUGGUCCUUGUCCAGUGACGGCCAUCAAGGAAGGAAAUCUGGGAGUAAAGUAUGAUGCUCGGUUUGUAUUCGCUGAGGUGAACGCUGACAUCAUCUACUGGAUGGUCCAACAAGAUGGCCAACAACAGAAGAUCAGAGUAGACCAGGCGAGUGUGGGGAGGAACAUCAGCACCAAAAGCGUUUACGGUGACUACAGAGACGAUGUCACUCUACACUACAAACAUCCUGAGGGCUCCAAGAAGGAGAGAGAGGUGUACGAAAAGGCGGGACGCCGGGUCACAGAGCCGACCAACAGCAUCGCAGAACCAGGACAACUGAAACUGUCAAUCAAGAAUGCUAGUCCUGUAUUUGGCACAGACUUUGAUGUGAUUGUUGAGGUGAUGAAUGAAGGAGACGGAGACGCUCAUGCUCAGCUCACCAUGCUGGUCAUGGCUGUAACUUACAAUUCUCUCCACCAGAGGGAGUGCAUGAGGCAAACAAUCAGUGUGACAGUGCCAGCUCACAAAGCCUACAAGGAAGUGCUGCGUCUGCACUACAACGACUAUGUCAGGUGCGUCCGUGAGCAUAAUCCGAUCAAGGUGAAAGCCCUCUUAGAGGCUCCAGGGGAGAGGGAACCCAUCAUGGCCAUGGCCAACAUCCCACUGAGCAUGCCUGAACUCCUCGUACAGGUGCCUGGGAAGGCUGUUGUAUGGGAACAAGUGACAGCCUACAUCUCCUUCACCAAUCCUCUACCAGUUCCUCUGAAGGGUGGCGUGUUCUCCGUGGAGGGGGCAGGCCUACUGUCGGCCACUGAGAUCCAUGUUAGUGGUGAUAUAUCUCCAGGCCAGAAGGUGUCUGUCAAGCUCACCUUCUCCCCCGUGCGGACCGGGGUCAGGAAGCUCCUGGUGGACUUUGACUCUGACAGACUGAAGGACGUGAAGGGAGUCGCAACUGUGGUGGUCCGCAAGAAAUACCCUCUUAUAAUUACAGGACGUUAUUGAAAACCUUUGAGCUGACUGUAACCCUCAUGUAAUGUGAGUUAACGUGACCUUUCCUAAAUGUGAGAAAAGGAGCUGCCCAGUUUGAAUUUCAAGUAUUUCAAGUAAUAUAACAGUGAACUCAUACAUAUACAAAUAAGUUAAAUUACAGUUGUGUCUUCCAGGACGACCCUCAAGCGUUAUGCUUUGUUAGGUAUACUUGUUGGAAAGUAUCUGAUGUCACAAAAUCUGUUGUUGUAUGUUUUGUUUCAUUAAUUCCUUUUUUGCACUGUUUCCAAUCCCACUUAAGUCAAAAUAUGAUUGGAAGAAACUACA